GUAUUAGAUAUUUAACAGAAAUAAUUUCGAAUUCAAAAUUUUCAUCAAGUUGAGAUUUUCUUACUAAACUCCGAAAGAUUUGCAACAAUGAAGGAAAGAUUGAUUGAACUUGUUGCUAGAAACUUGGCAAAACCCAGAAAUUCGCUCAGCGGCUUAAUUAUUGGUCAUUAUUUCUUAAGGAGAAGGAACAGAACAUUGGAAGAGAAUGCAGUUAAACUAUCCAAAAUAGAGAAAGAUCAUACUGUUUUGGAAAUUGGGUUUGGGCCCGGAGUAGGCUUAUCCAAAGCAGUGGAAAAAGUUCAAGAUGGUAAAGGUAAAAUAUACGGGAUCGAAUUGUCUCUUUCGAUGGUUAACUCUGCAAAUUUGUUUUAUAAAAAAUAUAUAAAUGCUGGGAAACUUGACAUAACUUAUGGGUCAGUGACACAAUUACCAUACGCCCCAAACACCUUCGACAGGAUCUAUCAUGUCAAUUGUUAUUACUUUUGGAAAGAUAUGCCUCUAGCCUGCACCGAAUUGUACAGAGUUUUGAAGCCAAAUUCUUAUGUUGUAGCUACUUUAAAUUUAGAACGAUUAAAAUUAUCGAAAAAGAAAGGCUUAAUGAAAUAUGCUAGCUUCGAUCCUAUCAAAUACAUGCAUGCUUUAGAAAGUGCUGGCUUCGAAAAUGUUAAAAUUGAGUAUUUAAAUGGUUAUCAAGCGAUCUAUGGACAUAUAGCUAGUAAACCUCAAAUGAGAAUCAUUGAUGAAACAAUUGUAAAAGCUAAUAAAUGA